AGGCUCAGUACGCGAAACUCAUUUGCUACGCGUUCGUCUAGCACGUGCGACCACUGUUCUUCGCGCAGUGACCGUUGUGCGCGCGGCGUCUUUGGCUUCUCCACUCUCGUUCGGCACGCACACUCCAAAGGGGUCUCUCUACACGUCCGCUUAACCGGGAAUCUUUUAAUAUCAGACCGAUCGUCAUGGCGGAGGAAUAUCUCUACGGAAUCACCCUCGAAGGAGCCAAUUCCAGCGAAGUAUGGGACCCAGAGCACAAGAACGACGACGCAGACGGCACGAACCAACAUUUCGGUGCCGAUCAGAAGCUUAUUAUAAAAAUGGCACUUUUAGGACCAGAAGCUAAACCUGGAGAGCUCAAUGUACUACAGGUAGAAGCAAUGGGGCUGAAGGGUCCCAUUAAAACACCGAUCGCUUUGCUGGAAAUGGGAAAAACAGCACAGAUCAUUCUAGAUCUCAGUUUUCCUGACCCUCCAGUCACAUUCACUUUGGUUAAAGGCAGUGGUCCUGUUCACAUAGUAGGCCAUAAUCUUCUUGGUACACAUAUGGAAGAGUUUGAUGAUAUGGAUGAUGAAAUGGAGGAGGAGAACAUUGAUGAUGACGAUGAUGAUAAGGAGCCUGAUGAUGAAGAAGACGAUGAAGACGAACCUAAGAAGAAAAAUGCCAAAUUAACAACUGCAGCCAAAUACAAAAAUCAAGCUAAUAAGAACAAGAAAAAAUAAGCACGAGCCUUAAUAUUAUGGAAAUACAACAAACUCUUAAGUUAGGCUAAUAAGCGUAAGUCCAUCAUUAUCAUCCGCAUUUAUGCGAAUCUAGUAUCGUUUCAUCAGAUUAUCGACAAACGUUGCCUUCCACAUUUCUACGACACAACUGGACCAAUGAAGUACUAGGAAGAUUCUUACAUCGCAUAAUUCGAGCGGAAUAUCAGUUUUAUUGGUCCAUGAAAACUACAUUUCAAUUGCGUAGUACAUAGUUUUUAUUAAGAGAUGAUAACGAAAUUUUUAUCUACUUAGUGUUUCCGCGGGACAUGUAUAGCCAUAAUAUCUCUCUAAAUGCCUUAGAGGAAUGACCCUUAAAACAUAUUAGACAAACUCUAUGGGAUAUUAAGAAAAAUGUGAAUCAAAAGUUAUUUUUUUGACAAAAUUUUAUGGAGUUAAAAAGAGGGCAUUCUUCUGAGAGCCGAUCGCAUACAAUAACUUGUUUCACCUUGUUAUAAAGAAAUUAAUAAUAAAAUCAUUUUUUGAAAUAAAGAUGAGAGAUUUGUGAGAUAAUUGAAGGAACACGGGGUUCAAGUCUGCGUGGAACAUUUGGCCCAGUUGUUGUUAAUAAAAUUAGUGGAAAGCGCGAAUGGACAUGCAGUGAGCUGUAUUCAUAUUGUUUCCUUUUUCUUCUCCGAAGUACCGUGUUCACACAGCGAAGCACUUCCAGUGAUACGCGGUGAUACCCUAUUUCUAAUGUAGCCAUGUAAACGCGAUUCAGAAAACAAAUUACUACGCCCUUGAAAACCAGAGAAAAAUGUAACAUCAAUUGCGAAGAUAAUGUUCCAGUGUAAUUUAUUAUUUUCGUGUGUACAAGAUGGGGGAAAGGGUAAUAGUCACGGAAGCCCUUACACCAGAAUGUUAUUAAUGAUUGUAAAGAGGGGGGUGGGGGGGUUCAAUGAUAAGGUCAGAAUUCAAUGAAAAGAAAGAAACAUAUUUACGCGUCAUCUCGACAUUCAUUCCAUUUGAUGAAAGAUAACAGAAGCGGGGGUUACAGGUGUACUACACAAUGUGAUGCUCUUACAUCAGUGUUAUAUGCGGUAAAUGCAUAUGUAACGCGUGUGUAAAGCACGCCCGUACGAUUGAUAAGUAGUCUGUACACCUAUUUUGUACAUAUACGAUACAAUAAAAAAUUUCACAACUUUUAA